AUGACUGAAACUACUCGGGAAGUUUCUAAACGCACUAGAACUUCUGAAAAGCAUCUCAGUCGCUUUGCUACAAUGAAGAAGCUCAAAUACGAGGAGAGCAAGUACCAGACGCCUAUUCCAAUGCGUACUUAUGGUAUUGAACCAGCUCCGCCUCUAGUUGUGGUAUUUGGUCCCAAAGAUUCGGGCAAGUCUUUAUUACUAUCUUCGGUCAUUCGCAAGUAUACGCGGCAAAAAAUAGAUAAGAUUACAGGUAUUGUAUCUUUAAUGGUCGGUAAAGCCAAGAGAAUUUCCUUAUUUGAAUGUCCAGCCGAUUUAGUUUCUAUGGUUGAUGCGUCUAAAGUAGCUGAUUUAGUUAUUUUAACUAUUGAUGCUUCAGUGGGUUUAGAGAUUGAAACUUUUGAAAUGUUGAAUCUUCUGAAGACGCAUGGGUUUCCUAAGAUAACUUGUGUGAUAACUAAGUUGGAUUUAAUCAAGGAUGUAAGUCAGCAAAGAGCUUUGGUCAAGAAGAUCAAAAAGCGAAUGUGGACUGAGAUUUGUGAUGGCAUUAAGAUCUUUACAAUGUCAAAAAUCCUAGGAGGUAGAUAUCUUGAUCGGGAAGUAAGUAAUUUAGCUCGAUUUGUUGCCCAAAUGAAGUACAGACCUAUUCUUUGGCGGUCAAUGCAUCCUUAUAUUGUGACUGAUCGGUUCCAACUUGAUGAAGACUUAGCUGUACCUAGUGAUAGUAAGGAUAUGCGGUUGUUUACUUUAUUUGGAUACGUUAGAGGCGGAGUGGCUUUAAAAAAGACAACUACCUUCCAUUUACCAGGCAUUGGCAACUAUUCGGCCGAAUCAAUCGAAAUAAUGGAUGAUCCUUGUCCUUUAGUUACAUCUCAGAAGAAGCGGUUGAGUGAAAGGAAGAAACCUCUUUAUGCGCCCAUGAGUGAUCUACGUGGUAUGCGGGUUGAUCAGGAUGCAGUGUAUCUCCAAACCACGCAAGCCAUUGCCCCGCCUCUUCCUGAGUACCAACUAACCCCUACCUCUUUCUCCCUCUUCAGCAAUCCCCAGCAAGCCUUGAUUCUGGACAGUCCAGCCACUGAAAACUCAGCUGAUUUUAAAGAGAACUUAGACUUAAGCAAUAACCAGUCUGGUUUAUCUAAAGAUAAGACGGAUGGCGAUAGAAUGAGUGAGAGUGAAGAUGAAGGUGAAGGUGAUAUGAGUGAUUUUGAUGAUGAAAGUAAUUUAGAUAGUGAGAGGGGUGAAGAAAGUAAUUGUGAUGAAGAAAAUGAUAGUAAUGUAUCAGAAUCAAGUGAUGGUCUGACUGAAGAGGCCGUUCGUCGCAUGUUUAAGCAGAAAGAAGUCACGGAAGAAGAUUAUAUCAACAAAUUCAAUGAAGAGUACCACGAGGAAGAAAAAGAUACUCGUGAUAUCUUUACUCAAGAAAAAGAUAAGGUCAAAGAAGCCGUUGAAACGUCUAUGGCCCUUUUAGCUAGUCAUACAGAAGAUAAGCGUGUGCAUAUUGAAGGUGUUCCACCAGGUAAAUAUGUUAAACUAACCAUUCUUCUACCUUCAGACACAAUGCAGGCAUAUCGACCCACCAAUCUCUUUAUCUUAGGUGCUAACAAAGAAGAAGAACUUUCCUUAGCUUUUGCCCAGGGCCGAAUUAAACGUCAUAAGUGGUUUAAGAAAACGCUUAAAACCAAAGAAGCCCACUAUGUUUCCAUGGGCUGGCAAAGGUUCCAAACAGUUCCUCUUUUCUUUAACAAGGAUCCUAUUCGUAAUCGGCUGCUUAAGUACAUUCCAGAUAGUGCAACUUGCCACAUUACUUUCUACGGGCCGGUUCAUCCGCCUGGAACUGGUUUCUGUCUUCUGCGUAAGCUUGGUGAGAAUAAGAACUUCCGGAUUGCAGCUAAUGGCCUGGAAACAGAAGUUGGCGAGCAGCCUAAAAUCAUGAAGAAGCUCAAACUAGUUGGGUAUCCGCACCAGAUCAAAAAUCAUACUGUUUUUGUUAAAGAUAUGUUCCAUACGAUCGAUGAAGCCGCACAGUAUGAGGGAGCUAUGCUAAAAACAGUUAGUGGACUUCGGGGCCAGAUUAAAAAGGCGGGUGAGAAUGGAGUUUUCCGAGCUAGUUUUGAAGGUGAAAUCAAAAUGAGUGAAAUUAUCUUCCUUCCCUGCUUUGUGCCUUUGCCUUGUCCUAAGAUUUAUCAAAAUGCCAGUAUCUUUGCUAAUUUCCAGGAAAUUCGCUUGCUUAAAGAGAUCAGAGAAGCGAAAGGUCUUUCCCUCCCAGUUGCUCCUAAUAGUGAGUAUACGACUGUUGCCGAGCCCGUGCUUAAAAAACCCCGACCUCUUCCCCAAUGGCUCCUUGCCCAAGCCCCACUUUCCAUGCUUACUCUUCCCAACCCAACACCAAGCACAGAUCAGCCAGUCACUCCCCAGGACAUUCAACUUAAAGCCCUAGAAGCCAUCACCGCAAAGGCCCGAGCUAUUCGCCAAGAAAAGCAAGACCAACGUAAUGCCCGCAUCGCCGAAAUCCUCCAAGAAAGAGCUGAAACUCGUAAACGCAAAGAGGACAAGAUGCGCGAUGAAGCCAAGACCGCCCAACGUCAAAAGAGUAACAAGAAGCACAAGCCCUCCAAAAAAGCCAAGGCCAAGAAGUAA